CGGCUGGCCUGUAAUCUUAGCCCGUUUUAGUUUCUGGAAUACAUUCGGUGCCUCUGUCCUUGUUACAGGAAUUGAAGCUUUUUGGGACCUUGUUUGUGUAUAUUUUUGGAUUUUUCCCAUUAGCUAGGUAUGUGAUGUUGGAGAUUUGAUCUGUUGAAUGUGUUUUGAUAUGGAUGUGAGAAAGAAGAGUAUCAGAGAUUUGAGCCCUGAUUGGGCCAAGGUGAGCAUGGGGACCAGGCACAAGGCGAUGAAGAAAGUGCAGGUGGUCUAUUAUUUGAGCAGAGGAGGCCAACUCGAACAUCCCCAUUUCAUGGAAGUUGUGAUGCCUUACAAUCAGGAGCUACGCCUCAGAGAUGUAAUGGAUCGUUUGGCAAUUCUCAGAGGAAAAGAGAUGCCCUCAUUGUUCUCCUGGUCUUACAAAAGGAGGUAUAAAAGUGGGUACGUUUGGAACGACCUAUCUGAGGACGACGUCAUACUCCCAGUCGAUGGAGUUGAAUAUGUGCUUAAGGCUUCAGAACUCUUCGAGGACUUCCCUGAAAAGUAUCAACAUUGCAUAAACAACGUGUGUGCACCGAAUGCAACUCAAGAACCAGCAAUGGGUGUGUAUUUUCAGGACAGGACUGUGUCUAGUACAAAAUCUGAGAGUGGGAAGCAAAGGAGAAAGAAAGAAUCUGCAGCUGAAAUUCCAGAGCAAUCACCUCUUCGUGGGCACCAUGAAUUACUACCUCCCAAGCUCCAAGUUGCUCAUAAAGUAUCAGGAACAAGAGGUAUAAGCAGAAAUGAAGACAUGGGUAACAUCAAAACCAGAUCUGAGCCCCUUCAGCGUCACCCCAGAGCAGAAUACAAAUCACCCAACUCAGUAAUUAGCCCUGACAGAAGGGAAAUGAUUUCCAAGCCCAAAUUCAUGGAUUCCACAGCUCACGGUGACCACAGAAGACGAGACAAAGAGGAAGAAGAAGAAUUAUCAAAAGAAAGCGAAGGUGCAGAGAACUCCACACUAGGGUCUCAUCAAUCUUCUCCAUUCACCUGUUCAACUAGAGCACAAGAUGAACCACGUCAUACCAAACAAAGCAGAAAGUCGGUGAGACCAGAAGAGCCAAACAUCAGUCAAUCCUCGGGCAUAUUUAGCUUGUUGCACUUAAUCUCUUGUGGGUCUCUGGCAAUAGAAAGUGAUAGUAUUCUAAAUAUUACCUCUCUUAAGACUGGUCGACUUGCAGAAACGAGGAAACGGGGGCAGUUAGCUAAUUCUAGGAACAAAAAUCUGUCUCGUAAUAAGGUUGUUGAUCGAACGCUUGGAGAGGAAUUGGAUUUUAUGCUUGAGGAUCUACACAUUAUCAAUACCCAAAAAGCAGAAAAACAGUAUUUCAGCGGCAGCAUUGUGGAAAUAAAAGCCCAUGGUGAAACUGCAGACCCUGUUCUCACUAGAUCAGCUUCUUAUGGUGCAGAAAGAGUAUCAAAUGUAGAGAUGGAUGCUGUGAUUGAGAAGGGCAAUUGUGGGAGGGGUAAUAAAAGCAAUUGCAUUCCAAGACUUAAGCGUUGAAGAAAGAUGUCAAUGGAUGUUUAAAGCUCGCUGAAAUUUGAAAAUUCACAAAGCAUCAAAUAAAUGUGAGAGAGUCUUCAUAAGGUUAGUAUGAUAGGGCCCUACCUGUGUGGUAGAAAUUCCCAAUUGUAUUUACCAUGCACCUCUUGCUUACUUUAGUGGCCAGACUGUAGAUAAGGUUAUGUAGUCCUUUAUUUAUGACUAUAAGUGGCUGGUGACUGCAGUGGGCAUUAGAAAUGAUAAAUAAAAACGACAAGCUCCAUGGAAGACUAGCUUUGGUAAGGCAAAUGAGCCACUCAUGCUUUAGAUAGUUUUAGAAGUUGAAAAGAACAGUCAUUUAAGUCCACUGUAUAUUAAAUUUAU